ACAAAUACACUAACAAUGCACUUCAGUUGGUUAACUACAAAAGCUGAAGCUCCUGAAGCAACCUGGGAAGAUUAUACAUAUUUUUAUCUUCCCAAUUACUACAAAGUAACUGUGUCCGAACGUGAUCACGUCGAAAGGCCACAGAUAUAUUUUAACGAGACUAUUAUACCGGAGAAUGAAGGAAUAAAUGAUACAGAUUUCUUACCAUUAAAUUUUCAGUCGUCAUUUUAUAUUGUUACACAUCAAGCUGAAGUCAGAAUGCCAAGUGGUAAGGUUGAUAAGCCUGUAAUUCAGGAUAACCGUGAUGGUACGGUUUCUAUAAAAUACGAUCCCAAAGAAGAGGGCACACAUGAGCUUGUUGUUAAAUACAAUGGCGAACCAGUUCAGGGGUCGCCUUUCAAAUUCCAUGUUGACUCUAUAACUUCCGGUUAUGUUACUGCAUACGGUCCUGGUCUAACCCAUGGUGUUACCGGUGAACCAUGUAACUUUACAAUUUCAACUAAGGGUGCAAGCGCUGGUGGUCUUACUAUGGCCGUAGAGGGACCUAGCAAAGCUGAUAUCAAUUAUCACGAUAAUAAGGAUGGUACAGUUUCUGUACAAUAUCUACCUACUGCCCCCGGUGAAUAUCAGAUAUCAGUACGCUUUGGUGAUAAACACAUCAAAGGUUCACCUUAUUUAGCCAAAAUAACUGGCGAAGGUCGCAAACGUAAUCAAAUAUCUGUUGGUUCCUGUUCAGAAGUAUCAAUGCCCGGUGAAAUCACCGAUGAUGAUUUACGUGCAUUGAAUGCUUCUAUUCAAGCUCCGAGUGGUUUGGAAGAACCAUGUUUCCUAAAACGCAUGGCUACUGGGAAUAUUGGCAUCUCAUUCACACCACGUGAAAUUGGUGAACAUAUGGUGUCUGUCAAACGCAUGGGCAAACAUAUACCAAACUCUCCAUUUAAGGUAACAGUCUGUGAACGUGAGGUGGGAGAUGCCAAAAAAGUCAAAGUUUCCGGUGCAGGACUGAAAGAAGGUACAACUCAUGCCGAUAAUACUUUUUCGGUGGAUACACGCAAUGCUGGUUUUGGCGGUCUAUCCGUUUCAAUUGAAGGCCCAAGCAAAGCAGAAAUACAAUGUACUGACAAGGAUGAUGGCACGUUAAACAUCUCCUAUAAACCAACCGAACCUGGUUACUAUAUUGUUAACUUAAAAUUUGCUGAUCACCAUGUUGAAGGUUCACCAUUCACAGUCAAAGUGGCUGGUGAAGGCAGUAAUCGGAAACGUGAGAAAAUUCAACGUGAACGUGAUGCUGUGCCAGUAACAGAAAUUGGUAGCAAAUGUAAGCUGACCUUUAAAAUGCCAGGCAUUACCUCAUUCGACUUAGCAGCUUGUGUUACCUCACCAAGUAAUGUUACUGAAGACGCCGAAAUUCAAGAAGUAGAAGAUGGUCUGUACUCUGUGCAUUUUAUUCCUAAGGAAUUGGGUGUGCACACAGUAUCUGUACGUUAUAAGGAAAUGCAUAUACCCGGCUCACCUUUCCAAUUUACUGUAGGCCCAUUACGUGACUUUGGUAGUCAUUUAGUAAAAGCAGGUGGUUCUGGUUUAGAACGUGGUGUUGUGGGUGUACCUUCUGAAUUUAAUGUAUGGACACGCGAAGCCGGUGGUGGUUCUUUAGCUAUUUCCGUUGAAGGACCUAGUAAAGCUGAAAUUGAAUUUAAAGACCGUAAAGAUGGUUCCUGCGAUGUUGCUUACAAAGUAACUGAACCAGGUGAAUAUCGUGUAGGUUUGAAAUUCAAUGAUCGCCACAUACCUGACUCACCAUUUAAGGUAUAUAUAUCACCAGAUGCUGGUGAUGCUCACAAGCUGGAAGUUCAACAAUUCCCGCAAGGCAAUAUACAAGCUGAUGCUCCUUACCAAUUUAUGGUGCGUAAGAAUGGCGCUAAAGGUGAACUCGAUGCUAAAAUUGUAGCACCAUCCGGUACUGACGAUGAUUGUUUCAUACAAGUAAUUGAUAGCGAAAUGUAUUCUAUACGUUUCUAUCCGCGUGAAAAUGGUAUACAUGCUAUACAUGUUAAAUUCAAUGGUGUGCACAUACCUGGAUCACCAUUUAGAAUCAAGGUUGGUAAGGAUGUAGCUGAUCCAGCUGCAGUUCAUGCUAACGGUAAUGGUUUAGAGGAAGUCAAAACUGGUCACAAGGCCGAUUUCAUUAUAAAUACUUGUAAUGCUGGUGUGGGUACAUUAGCUGUGGCCAUCGAUGGUCCUUCGAAAGUAGCAAUGGAUUGUACAGAAGUCGAAGAGGGCUACAAAGUACGUUAUACUCCUUUACUGCCUGGCGAUCACUAUAUAUCAGUGAAAUAUAAUAACAUGCAUAUUGUUGGCUCACCAUUUAAAGUCAACUGCACCGGUGAUAAGUUAGCUGAUGAAGGUGCUCAAGAAACUUCAACUGUUAUUGUUGAUACAGUGCAAAAAAUCUCUAAAGGUGGCAAAGGUACUGGGGUUCAUAUGCCUACCUUUAAAUCGGAUGCCUCAAAAGUAACAUCAAAAGGCAUGGGCUUGAAAAAAGCGUACAUGGGCAAACAGAAUCAAUUCUCAAUUUGCGCAACUGAUGCAGGUAACAAUAUUCUGUAUCUUGGUAUUUAUGGACCCAAAGGACCCUGCGAAGAGUUUAGCAUCAAACAUGCUGGACGUAACAACUACAAUGUUAAUUAUUUAGUACGUGAUCGUGGUCAAUACAUUUUAAUAAUCAAAUGGGGCGAUGAUCAUAUUCCUGGUUCCCCAUUCCAAAUUGACGUUUAAGUUAAAUUUUUAAAACUUAAAAUUAUAAUAUUCGAAAGAAGAAAAAAGAAACUAUUCGAAAUUUAACUAAUCUAAGAAAGUAAAACUUUUUAAAUUGUUUGUGAGAAAAUCUAAUAAAUGAUAACGACUACCGCUCUGAUUAAAAAAAAGUAAAUAUCUAUCAGUUCGUACGCACUCGUAUUUAUUUAUUAAGUUUGAUGUGUAUGUAAAUAUUAAAUAAAAAAAUUAAAUUUAAAAAACUUAACUUUAUAAAUAGGAAAGAACUCUCCGUUUUUCUAUUUGUUUUUAAUAUAAUUUUUGUAUUUUAUGUUUUUUUAUUUGUAAUAUUUUUAUAUUCAAGUAACAUUUCGUGUUUUGUCGUUAAUUUAUUGUUUGCCGAAGAGUAAAUUUUAUUGUACCGUAAAAUAUAUUCAUUCAAUAUUAAAUAUUUUUUGUUAUUCAUUAUAUAAAACGUAUUAUAACUUAUUAUUAUAUAUAUAUAUAUUAUAUUAUGUUUUUAUUAUUUUCAUAAAAAACUAUA